AUGAACCUUGACGACUACGUCAUUUCAGUGGUUCAAAUCCCUCCAGGCUACACUUCUAAAAUGCUUCUGGACACCUGUAAUCCUCAAGUAGAAAAAUUCCUUCGAAAGUUUAUGAAACGGUUAGUAAAGAAACCGGGUGCACUCUUCUCUCGUGUUUUGCCGACUUCAAGUGAUGAAGGUGAUCCUCUCAGCCUGUGUGUUACAGAUUGUCAAACCCCUUACAUACCAUAUGUAAUAAAAGGAUCUGAUUCAUCUUGGCAUAUACGUCAGUUCCCCACACACAGACUGUCUGUUCGUUCACUAAAAAAUAACAAUGAUUGUGUUAUAUUAGAUGAGAAUAAAGAAGAACCUAGCCGUAAGUUGUUAAAACGAGCUCAUUCAGUUCGAGAAACCAGUCCUCAAUUAGUCAUCUCUAG